AUGUCAAAGUACCUCAAGAGUGCAGCUCUGGUCCUCCAGGUUGCCUGCGGAGUCCAGCUCUUCAACAACCACGUCGCCGAAUUCACCUGGUGCUUUGGUCCUUCAAUGCUGCCAACACUCAACAUGACAGGUGACAUCGUCGGCUUUGAACAUCUGACCCAACGGUUCUCGAAGCUCGGCACUGGAGAUUUGGUCGUGGCCGUCUCCCCUACAGACCCCUCGAAGCUCGUCUGCAAACGGAUCAUUGGUGUCCCUGGAGAUAAGGUUGUCAUCGAUCCCGUCUCUCCUCACCGCCAGUAUAUUACCGUCCCACCUGGUCACUACUGGCUGAUGGGCGAUAACCUGAGCAACUCGACCGACUCGCGUGCUUAUGGUCCUGUCAGUGGAGGAUUAGUUCUCGGGCGCGUUUUUGCCCGGGUAAGUUAG